GUUCGACCAAUUUUGUAAGAGUCCGGCAAAGCAGCUCGUGGUGGUUUCUAGCAGUGUACAAAGUUUUAUAGAUAUUGAAUUAGAAAAUGGAUAAAACUGUAAGUUUACCACAUCAGACCAACACAACCGCAACGGUCACAUUGGUGGAGUCCAGCAGUAACCCGAGUGGGGUAGCGCUGGUUAGUCCCUAUCAAACUAACCGGGUGGGGGAUCCCAUGGAUCUGGUUACUCUUGCACAACAAGUACAGAAGGGUGAUGAGUUUACCAGAGCAAACGCUUGCAACAAACUCACAGUCAUUGCUGACCAGAUAAGAUACCUUCAGGAACAAGCAAGAAAGGUGUUGGAAGAUGCAAAGAAAGAUGCUGAGCUUCACCAUGCAGCCUGCAAUGUUGUGAAGAAACCAGGAAACAUGUACUAUCUUUACAUGCGUGAAUCUGGACAGCGCUACUUCUCAAUUCUGUCUCCAAAGGAGUGGGGCUCCAGUUGUCCGCACAAGUUUCUUAGUGCAUACAAACUUCAAUAUGACAUGUCUUGGACACCGCAGGAGGAGGUUGAAAAGAGGGAUGCUGAAAUUGGCAUUAUGGACAAACUGUUGAACAGCCAAACUGCACUUCCAGCUGGCAAAGAGCCCAACUUUGAGGGUAUUUCAAAGUGAGAGGACACAACUCACUGUGAAGUCUAACGUGGUCAUGGAGGCCACCUGCUCUUCUAGGAUACGGUUUAAUGAAUACCGCAAAACAAUGAACUGCUUCACUGUUUCAGAAAGUGCAUUUGACUUUCAUUCAUUGGUUGAAUGUUUUGCUGGACCACACUGUGUGGAAGACAGAUGAUGUAACCAGGAUGUCUUUAAAUCAACGAUUCACAUAAUUAAUGUGUUCUUAAACAAACUUCAAUCAACUUGAAAUUUCAUUCUUGUUGUUGUGUAUAUUGCUUUCUUAAAUUUAAAAAUAAUUUUUAUUUUGAUCCUUGGUUUUCAUGAAAUAAUUGUUGAAAAUACCUUGUGUUGAUUUUUUGUGAGCAGCAGAAAACGAGUGCACACACAUCACAUGAAAUAAAAAAUGUAUGUGCUCAAAAACA